CAUCAGUGAGACAUUUCCCAAACAAAUAUUUCUAUAAUAGUAUGAUUUAUUUAUAAUGUUCCAAUGAAAUCAAUUGGGGGGUGAACGGAAGAAGUUUAAAGUACGAGAAAGGGGAACUCUGUGUAAUUUUUUUUUUUUUGCCCCGGAUCAUUUUGAAAAGCGAAAAUCUUUUCAUCUCUCUUUUUUCUCUCAAUCUUUCUUUUUUAUUGUUUUUUUUUCACAAAAAAAAAAAAAAAGGAAAACAGAUGCGUGUUGUCACUUUAGUAACAGGGUUACUAUCUCUUAGUAGCAUGAUUCAAGCGGCUAGGGUUGUGUAUGAUAUGAACAUCACCUAUGUCGAUAACAUCAACCCGGAUAAUUUGAAGCCACGUCAAGUCGUUGGCGUCAAUGGCAAAUGGCCUAUUCCAGCGGUUGAAGUGACUCUUGGUGAUGUCUUGGUCAUGAAUGUUCAUAACUCCCUGAAUGAACCUACUGCGUUACACGCUCACGGUCAGUUUCAAAACGGAACAAAUUGGAUGGAUGGUCCUGUCAUGGUCACACAAUGUGCUAUCCCACCAAAUCACGACUUGCAAUACGAAUUUAACAUUACUCAAACUGGCACUUUCUGGAUCCACAGUCAUUAUAUGGGUCAAUACAUGGAUGGUCUUCGUUUCCCUUUAAUUAUUCAUAACCCCGCAGAACCUUUCAAAUAUGACGAAGAGUUGACUGUUACUGUUUCUGACUGGUAUCAUGAUCAAAGCUCCAAUAACUUGCAAAAGUUCAUGUCUGUUUACAAUCCAACAGGCGCUGAACCAGUUCCAGAAUCCGGUCUGAUCAAUGACAAUGCCAAUGUCACUUUUAACUUUGUGCCUGGAAAGAUCUAUCGUAUUCAUGUCAUAAAUAUUUCUGGAUUUGCUACUUUCUUUUACAGCAUUGAUGGCCAUCAAAUGGAAAUUAUUGAAGUGGAUGGUAUCUACACAAAACCUCAAUUGGUCGAUAGUUUAUAUAUGACUGCUGCUCAACGUUUUUCUGUCCUUGUUACUGCUAAAAAUACCACUGAUACCAAUUUUUAUAUGCAUGCUGAUAUGGAUACCGUCAUGUUUGAUAGCCUCCCUGAAGGUUUAAACCCUAAUAUCACAGCCCCUAUUUAUUACAAUUCUGAUCACCAAAAGUUUGCCCCAAGCCAAGAUGUUGGUGGUGAUAGUACUUUUGAUGAUAUGACCCUCGUUCCUCUCUAUAAUGCAUCUUCUGUCGGAUAUGACCACCAAGUAAAUCUUACUAUCGAUUUCCAAGUAACUACCGACGGUAUGAAUCGUGGAAUGUUCAACGAAUUGCCCUACUUGUCUCCUCUGGUGCCUUCUGUUAAUACUAUGUUUUCUAUGGGUGCUGAUGCUAUGAAUGUUGAUGUAUACGGCCCCCAAGCACAAGCUUUUAUGCUCAAGCAUUUGGAUAUGAUUGAAGUUGUCUUGAAUAAUUUGGAUGGUAAUGCUCAUCCUUUCCAUCUCCACGGUCAUGUAUUCCAAAUGGUGGGCCGUGGCGAAGGCGUGUACACUGGUAAUACCUCUUCAGUCACUUGGUUGCUCGACAAUCCUCCCCAACGUGAUACCAUUCGUGUGGAUGGCGAAGGGUUUUCUAUCAUUCGAUUCCGUGCAGACAACCCUGGUAUCUGGAUGUUUCAUUGCCACAUCGAUUGGCAUCUGGAAUCUGGACUAGCAGCACUUUUUAUUACAGCACCUGAUGUAGCACAAGAACGCAUGACUUUGCCUCAAGCAUUUAAGGAUAUUUGUGAAGCUGGUGGAACCCCAAGUGUAGGUAAUGCUGCGGGUAAAAUGAGUCUUGAUUUAAGUGGUGCACCCAAUGGUGUCACAUUGAUUCCUGAUGGUUUCACAGCAAAAGGAAAGGGAGCAAUGGCUGCUUGUUGUAUUUCCGCACUUAUUGGCAUGGCCGCUAUUGUUUGGUAUUCUUUGAAUGAUCCCCAAAGAAAAGUGCGUGAUAGAAUGGGUAGACCACCAAGCCGAUAAUUUUUUAUUUUAAUUUAUAUAUCUUUUUUGUACCAUCAAUUCGCGUAAUAACCCCAUCAUCAUCAACUUUAAAAAAAAAGUUUCACUUUAUAUUAAAUAUAAUGCCUCAACCCAUUUAAUCAAACAAACAAAUUGAAUGAAUGUUCUUUUUUUCAAAAUAAACGACUUUUGCAUAAAA